AUGCCUGCCUCACCGCAAGAACUCUCCAUGCUCCUGGAUCCCCUCGUCCCAGAGUCCAUUCAACAUAACACCCGUGUCCUCUCCAAUAUCCGCUCUAUAUCCGGUCUUCUUCUAGGCAUCGCCGCCGGCAUCCUUGGCCUUGAAUCCCUCUAUGGCUUCGCCUUCUACCUGGUCUCUAACACAUUGAUCUCGUUAUUAUUCUACUUCCUUCUCGCCAAGGGCACGCCGCAGAGAUACUUUGCCGGUAGUGCGGGAAGUAGAGGGCUGAAUGAGAACGGGAAACCGGGGAGGAAUUCGGGCACGGGCGCGUGGCGUGAGAUUUGGUUCGGCGGAGGAUUGUCCACAGAGGCUCUGAGUGGGUUCGUCCUAGGAUGGGCAGGAGUUGGCGGUGUCAUUAGAUGA